AGACAGCUCCGACUCACAACUGCACUGCUAACUUUCCUUUCCUCACCGGAGAUUACGACUUUACUAUAAAUGACACGGGCAGAGCGGUGGCAGCAGGAAGGACAGCAGGGUUCCCGUCCUGAAUUCUCACUGUGUGAACUUUACAUGCCCUCCCUGCGCGUCCCAAGUUACCAACAGGUGCUCUUUUUCUACCACAGUCUGAAACCAUUUACGUUUUGUGGACGAGCGACAUUUAAGUGGCCAUGAUGUGUGUCUGGUGUUGUCUGCUUCCGGCGUCCUGUCCCGUGACUGUUCCUGCCUUGCCCCCUAUACAUGAUGAGAUAGGCUUCAGCCACACUGCUCAGUAUUAACGGAAUUUAGAAAAUGGCAUGAUGCAGUGGCUGAAGUGUGAAGGACUGGUGCUCUUGACAUUCCUGUAUUUCUCGCCUUGUCAGUUACAAAAUUUAUUUGAAGUCAGAGUACCUGACAAGCCUGUUGUUGGUGUUGUUAAGGGUUCUGUUGUUUUGCCAUGCCAGGUCAUUCCAGUCGUGAAUACAAAAGACUUAGAAAUCACAUGGUUAAGAGGCAAGGAGAGUAUAUACAAUGUUAAAAAUGAACAAGUAACGAUAGAUGACAAAUUCAAAGGUCGUGUGGAAAUUUUCAAGCAGGAGGUGAAUAAAGGAAACAUGUCUUUGAAGAUACAGGACAUAGUGGUCUCUGACUGGGGCGUGUAUACCUGUAACGUGUUGACGACAGACUAUUUCAGAGAGGGAUCGUUUACCUUAAAUGUUAUAGGUGUCGGAGGUGAGCCCAGUCUGUCUAUAGAGAGCCCACCAGGACCUGAGAUUGUUGUGAAAUGUGAAUCACAAGGAUGGUUCCCCAAACCAGAAGUAAUGUGGAAAAAUGGGAUAAACAAGGAACUAAGAACACAUGCUACCAGUAAUGUGAUGAACAGCUCAGAGUCCUUAUUUGAUGUGAACAGUGUCAUCUCAGUGACUAAGGAGGACAGAGGCAUUAUCUGUGUGAUUGAGCAUGAGCAGAAGACCUUAGAGUCACACAUUCAAAUUGGUGAAGAAUUUUUCACUUUAGUUCCUGCCGGAUGGAAGCAUCUUGGAGGUUUUCUCAUCUUUUUGUUAUUACUCGCACUGUUCUCAGUUCCUCUAGCUGUGUAUUUCUACAAGAAGCAAAAAGCAAAAAUAGAAUUAGAAAAACAACGUCUUGAAUCUGAAAAUGAUGAUCUGCGCAAGGAAAUAAAGGCUACGGGCUACAUCUUAAAGUCAGAAUGGGAGAGAAUGCGAAAAUCAUUUGCUCGUGUGACUCUGGACCCUGACACCGCACAACCCCACCUUGUCGUGUCUGCAGAUGGUCGUCGUGCACAAAAUCAGCAUAAAGAUCAGAACGUCUCUGACACUCCUCUCAGGUUUGAAACCUGGCACUUUGUCCUGGGGAGGGAGAGUUUCACCUCAGGACAGUACUACUGGGAGGUGGAUGUGAAGGAGAUGAGUGAAUGGUAUUUGGGUGUCGUCAAUGAGUCUGCACAGAGGAAAGGACGAGUGAGUCUGAAACCUCAGUCAGGAUACUGGAUUGUGAGGUGGUAUGGUGAUGAGCUGACUGCACUGACUGACCCUGAGACCCCACUGCGACUGAGAGCGAUACCCCAGAAAGUGGGCAUGUACCUGGAUUGUGAUGAAGGCGCCUCUCAUUUUUCAGUGUGGCGGACCGCUGGCACAUUUACACCUUCAAUGGAGGCGUCACUGGGAAACUGUACCCACUGUUUGAACCUGGACUUGAGGGAGAAGAGCUUGAGAUCCUGCAGCCUGGAGAUGAAACAAACAACUCUGUCCAGAACAAGGAGGUUGUUUAGUGGUUACGUGGAUCCGACCUGAACUGCUUUAUUGCAACAUACAGAUGUUUCUCAAGUUGUUUUUUGCAUUUCAUCUGAAACUAAGUGAGAAAUUCCAACAGUUCUGAAAACGGAAAAACAAAAAAAAUCCAGAAGAAUUUUGAAAUGUAAUGUGUCUUCUGUUUAGUUUUAAGGUGUUUCUUUAGUAAUACAGAGACCCAGUCCAAUGGGUAUAAUGUCAGCAGACAAGAGACUGCAUUAUAAUUGUAAACUACAGAGUAUUAUGUUUGUAAAAUAUCAUUAGGCCUUCAGUCAGAUGUGAAAGAAACAACUUUUCAAUUAGUUUUUAGAUAUGAUUUUGAACAUUUACCAUAAUAAUGCAUAUUUUAUGUUGUGACCUUUGGUCAUAUUCAAAAGUCAAAUUCAGAGUUGAACAAUACAUAAUCCCUUGAUGUCGGUAUUCUUGUUUUGGUUUUAUUCUAAUCUCUUUAACAAUUCUGUGUUCGUCUUUAUUUUUUAUGAGUCUCUCUAAUAAGGUCACUCAAUCUGUAACCUCUUAACUUGUUUUAACACUAAAUCUUACCAGGUCUUUUGCUCUUAUUAAAGAGCAUUACAAGUUCUGUUACUUUUUAGUGCUUUUCUUAAUUUUUUUUAUUCUGCAGUUGGCCCAUUAUUAUUUAUGUAAAUGAUAUUUCAGUAAUGUUGUGUACUAAUUCAAACAUAAUUAAGCUUAACAAAAAUAGUUUAUAAGAUAUAGUGCCUGUGAAAGUAAAGGGUAGGGGUGAAGAAAGGCUGUGUGAAAGGCGCUAUAUAGGCACCCAACCCGACACAGACUGGACAAAGAGGCACAUGUAAAAUAAAAAAGCAUUUUAUUUUCUUCACCUGUGGGCACACGUCUUCCCCGGGUCCCACAGGCAGUACGCAGCACCAAGUACAGCAACACACCAAAACACCAAUAAAGAUGCUGUAUGUCCUCCACUCCUAGGCAGCUUCGUCUUCUCCCUCCUGAGUGGUGGCCACUGACUCCUUUUAUUAGGCACCCGGAAGUGCUCUUGGUGCUUGAUUGCUGACACCCGUUUGCACUUUGGGUGUGGUGAAACUACUGCCCAGCAGCUCCCAUUGCAGCACCCCCUGGCAGCGCCUACAGAACCCAACAGGUCUGCACCAAACUCCAACUCCCAUGAAGCCCUAUGGGAGUCCGAGGCACCGCUGCAACCCAGGGAGGCUGCCAACUAGGGUCCGAGGGGAGGUAUUGGGUCUCCCAUGCUUGCUUCCUUGGAACAUGUGCUGCAGGGGCGUCCCAUUUGCCACAGCUGGUAAGCACUGUGUUGCAGUAAGUUCAGAUGUGAAGUUUAAGGUUGACAAAGAAGAGAAUGUUGAGCUUUGGACAGAACAUAACAUGCCAAUAAAGUGAUUUUAAAGGAACUGUCUGACCUUUGGUGUCCUGCUCGAUUAGGAGAUACAAUGAAGCUGCAAGUGAGGUAACCAACAGUUUAAAGCCUCCUGGCGAACUUAAUAUGUAGCCAGUGAGAGGGAAACUUAUACAAAACUUGUAUAAAAAGUUUUAGUGGUGAUGACAGGGGAAUGGCUAGUGCAUUUAAUUGCUGUUAAAAUGUUGAGGUUUUAAUUCUUUUUCUUACUUUUUCAUAUUUACAGAUAACCUUUAUUUCAUAUCUACCUUUUUGGUAGUGAACACCAUCCCAGCCCCUCUCAAAGAUGCACAUUUGUGCAGAUGUUUGUUUAAAUCGGGUAGAUUCCAAUUAUUGAUCAAACAGUGCUCAGUCAACAGCAGGUGCUUAGAAUUUCCAUAUACAGAAAUCCAAAAAUUGGCUUCACAUAGCGUGUUAUGAAAUUCUACCCCGUGAGAGACACGUGUGUCCGUCUCUGUCAAAUGUUGAAGGGGAAACCCCACUCCCCCAAAUGCUGAUUUGUGACGUUUAACGCUGCAGGCUGGUUCAGUGUACUGGGUGUACUGUACGCUCACCAGUUGCCAUCUCAUUUUUCCCUCAAAAUGUUGGUGAGGACAAGACUGUCUAUAUUGUACAUACAAUUUAUAGGCGGUGUGAUGAUAGGGAGGAACAUAAUCAUGUCAGUUUCAUCUUGAGCUCAUCUGUGUUUUAAUGUUAAUUAAAGUGAAGUUUUGUUCAUUAAGGUGCUGGAAAGUGGUAGCUAGUUACAUGUUGAUUAGCACAUGCAAGUAAGAAUUGCACUGUUCUCUAUGAAUGUGACAACAAGGACCCUGUAAAUCUGCUGCCAUUGUCUAACCUUUUUUUGUUUUAACUGUGAUCUACUAAAACUGUGAGAUACCAGUUUAUAAUUAUGUGAUAAAGACCACAACGUCACUCACUCACGGGUAGGGAAUAGCAGAAGCAGCAGGUAUUUUGCUUCAGUUGUUGAAGCUAAAAUGAGCCAUGGCAAAAAUAAGUUUAAACCCAUAAAAAGCUGAUCUUGUGCCACAUUAAAAGUAAAAUGUAUGCCUGUAUGUGUGUUUUUUUAUUAGUAUUAUUUGUAAGCUGCAGUUCGCCUUACUGCCUCAGUGCCCUGAAUUUAAAUCUUUGUGUGGUCACCACUGAUGUCAGGUUGGCAUGAGUUGCCUGUAUCUGUGCAGGUUUUUCUGUACGUUUUCCUCUAGUAUUCCAGAAAGGUGCAGUUUAUGUGAAUUGGCGUUUAUAAACUGGCCACUUUUAAAUGAAUGUGAGCAUUUAUACAGUAGUGUGCUGUGAGGUGGACUAGUGCCCCGUCAAAGGCUAUUUCCUAUCUUGCCUGCCCAGUGCUGCUCAUGCAAUGAAUUUGAACUCAGGACACUGAAUAUGUAUGUUUAUAGGCCUAUUUAAAAUAUAUGUCAGCUACCCAUACAGCUGAUUCCUUAUGAAGGAGAUUUUGAAACUGCUUUGUUACUAUACAGCAUCAUCAGUCGAAAAUAUAGGACUUUAAUGGGUACGGUUAGGUGGUUGUAAAGAAAAUAAAACUCUUUGCAUAGCUUAAGGGGCAUGUCCUGUGUGAGGGUAAUACAUGACUAAGCAGGCAGAUGAGCUAAUAAUUUUUUUUACAAAAUGUUUACAUACUUAUUUAUUCAAAGAGUGCGUCCCUGGGUUAUAAAUCCCCUUUUGGAACGUUAUUUUUUUGAGUGUUUCUGGACAUUGUACUGCCAGCUCUCAAGGUGUUUUGUGAAAUAAAAAUUUGAUACCA